UCGAUGGAUUUACAGUUUACAGUUUUACACUUUCAAUUUUCUGUUGGAAUUUUUAACGAUUUUAAUCUUAUUAAACGUCAUUUCUCCUAAUAAAACAUUAGUGGAGCUGUGAAGUUAAUAAAGUGUUAGUGCCGUUAAUAUUUUAAUAGUUCUAUCUGGAUAUUUUUUGAGAUUUGCAGGAAAAACUAUUAAAUUUGAUUGAAAUGGCAGGAAAAAUUGCUAAGGAGGCUCCAAAAGAAUCUAGUGAAGACUUCAAAAUUCCGCCAAAAUUUCGAUUCCAAGAAGGAGAGAAAGUUCUGUGCUUCCACGGUCCUCUUCUAUAUGGGGCUAAAUGUUUACAAAAUCGGUAUGACGAGAAAAAUAAGACUUCAGAAUAUCUCAUACAUUACUCUGGGUGGAAUAAAAGUUGGGAUGAAUGGGUGCCUGAAAGUCGUGUAUUGAAGCAUAAUGACUCAAAUUUACAGAAACAGAAGGAUCUUUCCAAGGCACAGAAGGCUAACCGGAAAAAAGGCAAGAAAACAGGCAAAAAAUCGGACGGCCCCGACAUUCUCCCAGAUAGCCCCGUCUCCCCAUCGGGAGGCACUCAGUCCUCCUCCACUCCUCAGACUCCUGCUCCUCCUCCUCACUCCUACUCCUCCUCAGUGGACAGCGGCAGCGAUGUGCCCACCUCCUCAAGCAAGAAGCGGAAGAGGUCGGUUGCGGGUGCAGCCUCUGUUGAGAGCGAAGACUUGUUCCUGUCCAAAGUUGAGAUCAAGGUUAAACUGCCCGACGAACUCAAACCGUGGCUAGUGGAUGACUGGGACUUGAUCAUCAAUCAGAAGAAGUUGAUAGCUUUGCCUGCCAAAACCAACGUAGAUCAAAUUUUGGAAGACUAUGUAAAAUACAAGACGUCUAGUAAGAGUCAUACCCCGAACAAGGAAUAUGCAGUCUCUGAGGUUAUGAAUGGAAUCCGAGACUAUUUUAACGUUAUGCUACAAUCUCAGCUACUUUAUAAGGUGGAAAGAAGUCAGUGUACCAAGUUGAUAGCUGAUAAUCCUGACUUACCUAUGACCAAGCUAUAUGGAGCUCAACAUCUAUUGAGAUUAUUUGUGAAAUUGGGCGGUGUCCUAGCCUAUACAGCUUUAGACGAGAAAUCAGUCCAGAUUCUGUUGGCAAAUUUCCAGGACUUCCUGAGAUUCCUACAGAAAAAUGCGACCACCUACUUCAAUCUACAGUCUUACUCCAUCCUGCAAACCGACGUUCAGAAAAAAUCCUAAAUUUUUUCAAGACUUGAAAAAAAUCAGUUUUACAGAAAACUGAGUUCCUCAAAACUGGGGUUUUUGUUUAAACAUAGCUUCCCAAAACUGGGCUGACGAGAAAACUCGGCUUCUAAAAACUGAGUUUUAGAGAUAACUGAGUAUCUCAAAACUGAAGUUUUCGUUUGAAUAUAGAUUUCCAAAACUUUGUUGACGAGAAAACUUGGUUCCUGAAAACCGAGUUUUGGAGAAAACUGAGUAUCUCAAAACUGAACUUUUCGUUUAAACUUAUAUUGUCAAAACUUGGUUCCUGAAAACCGAGUUUUAGAGAAAACUGAGUAUCUCAAAACUGAACUUUUCGUUUAAACUUAUAUUGUCAAAACUUGGUUCCUAAAAUCUGAGUUUUAGAGGAAACUGAGUAUCUCAAAACUGAACUUUUCGUU